AUGAGCGCAUUGGUGACUGUGGCCACGUGCAACCUCAAUCAGUGGGCGCUAGAUUUUGAUGGUAAUUUAAAGCGUAUUCUUGAAUCAAUCCGUAUAGCCAAAGAGCGUGGAGCGCGCUACCGCGUAGGUCCCGAACUGGAGGUGUGUGGCUACGGCUGUGAGGAUCAUUUUCUUGAGCAAGACACGUUUUACCACUGCUGGCAGUCUCUCGAGACUAUUUUACGCUCGGAUGUGACUAACGACAUUCUGUGCGACAUUGGUAUGCCCGUCAUGCACAAUGGUGUACGCUACAAUUGUCGCGUCUUUUGCUUGAAUCAACGCAUCGUAUUUAUCCGUCCAAAGCUCUUUUUGGCUGACGAUGGCAAUUACCGCGAAACUCGCUGGUUUACUACAUGGAAACCUAAUUUAGACAAGUCCAAUGCACGCAGUCUUGACAGAUUUGUACUUCCUGCCAGUUUACAGAAGCUUACGGGCGUCGUGCAUGUGCCGUUUGGAUCAGGUGCUGUCUCCACGCUUGACACCUCCUGUGCGUCUGAGACGUGCGAGGAACUCUUCACACCUGACAGUCCGCAUAUCAAUCUUAGUCUUGCAGGUGUGGAAAUAUUCGGCAAUGGCUCCGGAUCACAUCAUCAGCUUCGUAAGCUGCACCAGCGCAUGGACCUCAUCCGUGGCGCCACUACAAAGAGCGGCGGUGUUUAUCUGUACGCCAACCAGCAGGGUUGCGACGGUGGACGUCUAUACUACGAUGGCUGCGCUGUGAUUGUGGUAAAUGGUCAAGUGGUUGCGCAAGGCUCGCAAUUUUCAGUCAAUGACGUCGAGGUGAUCACGGCCACUGUUGAUCUCGACGACGUGCGAUCGUAUCGUGGAUCUGUAAGCAGUCGCAGCGAACAGGCUAGUUCAUUAGACACUGUGAUACCCAAAAUCGACGUCAAUUUUAGUUUGUGUCAUGAUGAUAUGGUGAUUGCCCAACCUACAGCCCCUAUUGAAGUUCAAUACCAUAUUCCAGAGGAAGAAAUUGCGCUUGGGCCGGCUUGUUGGAUGUGGGACUACUUGCGUCGUAGUGGGGGCAGCGGUUUUUUCUUGCCCCUUUCGGGUGGAGCGGACUCAUCGUCUGUUGCAUGCAUUGUUGGCGUAAUGUGCCACCUAGUUGUAGACGCUGCCAAUGACGGGAAUGAGCAGGUUAUUAGAGAUGUCCAGCGCAUCAUUGGGACAUCUGAUAGAAUGUACCAGCGCUUGACGCCUGAGGACUUGGCCUCGCAAAUUCUCUACACGACUUACAUGGGAACAAAAAACAGCUCUGCGGCUACUAAAAAGCGUGCGGCAACACUUGCUAGCGAAAUUGGGUGCUACCACCUCAGUAUGGGUAUGGAUAUUGUGGUCGAUGCUGUUGUGAAGACCUUUUCGCUUCUUACAGGUAAGACGCCUCAAUUUCUGUCGAAAGGAGGUACAAUGCAGGAGGAUCUGGCACUUCAAAACAUCCAAGCUCGCUUACGUAUGGUAAUGGCUUACUUACUCGCUCAAUUGUUGCCAUGGGUGCGUUCAAAAUCUGGUUACCUUCUUGUGCUGAGUUCGGGUAACGUUGACGAGGCGCUACGUGGAUACAUGACCAAAUAUGAUUGCAGCAGCGGUGAUUUAAACCCGAUUGGUGCGACUUCUAAGGGCGAUUUAAAGAAACUACUACGUUGGGCAGCUGUCAAGUACCACUAUCCUUCUCUUCAGAUUAUUGAAGAAGCUCCUCCGACUGCAGAGCUACGUCCGACAGAUGAAAGAGCUGAAGAGUAUGCUAAUCAUUCUCAGUUGGACGAAGAUGAUAUGGGAAUGACGUACGAUGAGUUAGGAUUUUUCGGGCGUUUGCGCAAAAUUGACCGAUGUGGACCCUACUGGAUGUUUCAAAAGUUGAUUAACCUCUGGAGUCAUGUGACGCCUACAGAAGUAGCGGUAAAGGUUAAGCGAUUCUUUUAUUAUUACUCCGUUAACCGUCAUAAGAUGACUACGCUAACGCCGUCGUACCACGCUGAAAAUUACUCGCCGGAUGACAACCGCUUCGACCUGCGUCCGUUUCUCUACAACACCCGCUGGACUCGUCAGUUUGACUCGAUUGAUAAGCUUGUGGCGAAGUUGGAGAAAAUAAAAGAGCAGUAA